UUUUCGAACGUAAAGUAAACUGCAUAUAACUUUGAGGUUAUUCAGUUGUUGUUUAUGUACUGUAAAUUUCUUACAAACUUCAUUGAUUGUAUCUGUAAGAAUAUAGCAUAAAAUGGCUAAGCAUCAUCCAGAUCUUAUCUUCUGCAGAAAACAGCCAGGUGUUGCUAUCGGGCGCCUGUGUGAGAAAUGCGACGGUAAAUGUGUGAUCUGCGACUCGUACGUGCGGCCCUGCACCCUAGUACGCAUAUGCGACGAGUGUAAUUACGGGUCUUACCAGGGCAGAUGCGUUAUUUGCGGAGGUCCCGGUGUUUCAGACGCUUAUUAUUGCAAAGAGUGCACAAUACAAGAGAAAGACAGAGAUGGCUGUCCAAAGAUUGUGAACUUAGGUAGUUCAAAGACUGAUCUGUUCUAUGAAAGGAAAAAGUAUGGUUUUAGAAGACAUUAGUAGUGGUAUUUAUAAGUCUAGGCUAAUAAUAUUUUUGAAACUUAAUAAACUCUUUCACAACAUUUUAUAAAAUGUUUUAAACAAAUUAAAAAUGCGAAUAAUUCAACAUCAAAAUUGAACCCAAAUUAUAUUCCAAUACAUUUGUUUAGCAAGUAUUGACUGUAAAAAAGUUAAAGUUACUUUAUUUCCCAUCGGAAAGGUAUUAUAAGAGUCAGUAACUUAAUCUGUACGAAUAAUAAAAUAAAACUUCAAGUAAACAGCGUCA